UAAUUUUUCAAGUUUUUACGAGAUGGUUAGUGAGGAAAUCCCAUCUGGAGACCCUGAAAAGGGAAAGAAAGUAUUUGUACAAAAAUGUGCCCAGUGUCAUACAGUCGAAGGUGGGGGUAAGCACAAAACUGGGCCCAAUCUCCAUGGGUUAAUAGGCCGAAAAACAGGACAAGCUUCGGGCUUUUCGUAUACAGAUGCUAACAAAAACAAAGGGAUAACUUGGAGUAAAGAUACAUUAUGGGUUUACUUGGAAAACCCCAAGAAGUACAUUCCUGGAACAAAAAUGAUUUUUGCUGGUCUUAAGAAGAAGCAGGAAAGAGCAGAUCUUAUAGCCUACUUGGAACAAGCUACUAAAUAAUAUUAAAACAUCAUAGGAUUUAGUGAAAAAUUAGUGUCUUAAGACACUACUCUUAUAGUUUAUUUGCCAAGAAGGUUUUUCUUCAUGAAUAAGAACUGUUGUAUUUGUUUUCAGAAGUCAAAAUAGUAAUUUUUAGAAUAAGAAAUAGCUCAUUUCAUCUCUUAACAUAGACAUUCUUAUCAAAACAGUUCAUGUAAUAAUGAUAGUUUUAAUCGGAUUAUUAUGUAUGAUAAUUGUUUGAAUGUGUAUUAAAACUGUCAUUUAGAAAGUGGUAUAACAAAUGUGGAAAUAAAUUAUGUAUUCAAGUUAUACAACAAAA